AGUAAUAGGUAUCGUCGUAUUGUGCGCUGAAUCGUCCUGCAUUAUCGCUAUCGCUCGAGGCCAAAUCGUAGUCUAGAACCCGGAAAAUCGAACAUUCCCGCGUUACACCACCACAUCCGCGACGUCCGAAUCUUCCCGUAACUCGCUUUCCGCCUCCAAGCAUAACGUCGCCGUUUGCAGGCAUCCCGCAUUCCGCAGUUCGACGCUCCCCGCACCUUCCCCGCGUACUAUGCGCCUUCGCCGAGCGGCCCGCGUAAUCCUCGUCGGCGCACCGGGAGUAGGCAAGGGCACGCAGUCCGAGCGACUGCUCUCGCGCUUCCCCCAGCUGUCCGCGAUCUCCUCCGGAGACCUGCUCCGCCACAAUGUCAAGAAUCGGACCCCUCUCGGCAUCAAGGUCGAGAGGACGAUGAAGACGGGUGGUUUAGUCUCCGACGACUUGAUAUUGAGGUUGAUUACAAAUGAGCUCGGCCGUCGUGGCUGGCUCUUUGGCGGGAGACCAAAUGUUAUGACACUUUCGUCCUCCAUAGUCGAUGGUGGCUUAUUGGAGGGCGCUCCGGAUGCGUUCGAGUCGGCCCUCGAGGCCGAUCCCCUGGCUGGAGCAACUCUGUCUCAGCAAGCGUCUGAAGACCCCGCCGCUUCCUUUCUACUUGAUGGCUUUCCUCGUACUUCGACCCAGGCCAAGAGAUUAGAUGAUAUUGUGCCCAUCAACUGGGCAGUCUCCAUUCAGACACCACUCAACGUCAUAAUGCAGCGUAUCUCAUCACGCUGGGUACAUGAGCCGUCUGGUCGAGUCUACAACACUACAUUCAAUGCUCCAAAAGUACCCGGCUUCGACGACAUUACCGGCGAACCACUUGUACAGAGAGCCGACGACUCCGAGGAGGUAUACAGGACGCGAUUUCGCAAGUUCCAAGAGACGAGCGAGCCUCUGCUGGAGCAUUACGCGAAGAAGGGCGUCCUAUGGGAGGUCAGUGGCAUGAGCAGUGACGAGAUCAGCCCUAAAUUAUAUCAAGAAUUUGAGCGACGCUUUUUAUGACCUAGUUAGAAAGUCCAGGCUGGGAAGCGUCAAGCGGUUUUCUAUGGGUGACGAAACGAAUUAGAUGAAGUGUAUAUCAGGUUGGGAUUUUUAGAGUGAGCGACACGCUCACUGGAGUUCGGGGAACUGGACAGCGCGAGCCGCCCAACGAACGGCUGACGCUCUGCUUUUGUGUAUGCUUUACGGUCUAGACCUAGGACGAAUCGAAUAGCCUAAGCAAAUAUUUUUUUUUCAACAAUUCUACGAUCUGGAGGCCGAAGGGGACUUGGGAU